AUGAUCGCAAUUAUUGUCUCUAAAGGUCAGCUGAACCGUCCUCCGCUCGCCUUUGGCUUUGUCGCUAGCAUGUACCUCGCUGGACCUAUGACCUUUGGCGGAGGUCCCGUUGUCAUCCCGCUUCUACCCCCUUAUGCCGUAGGCCCUGGCUGGGGUCCCAGUCGUGACUUUCUAAUCAGUCUGGCUAUAAUUCAAGCCUUCCCUGAUCCUAACUUCAACUUCGCUGUCUCUCUCACUUACGGGGACUUCCGUAAUACAGCAACUUAG